AUGGCGCGACUGCCAAAUAGUAAAUUAGUCCAAUUCGGACUUCGAGGGUUACUAACAAAAGUUAAUGCACCUUCAAACAUCUUUUUAAAUUCAAAUACCUUACGACCUCUCUCUACUUAUACAAGCUUACUAUCGCUUACCUCUAACGGCUGUACUAAUAAUAGCUGGUGGGUUUUACGUCGUCCGUUUGGUGGUGGUGGUGGUUUCGUAGCGUGUUAUAGUACCGGGGGGACAGGAACAGGAAAAGAUAAAAAAGACUUUCCGUUUAAGACGAAUCGGUUUUAUCCGGAACAAAAAGAAGACGCUGUUGAAAAGAAAAAGAGCGCGAUAAUUGUUUUGCAGGAAUGGUGGGGCGUAACUGAACAAAUUAGACUACAUGCGCAAAAGAUAGCGGAUAACACGCGAGCUGUCUCCAUAGUUCCAGAUAUGUAUAAUGGAAAACUUGGGCUAUCGCGUGAGGCAUGUAUUGAAGCAAGUCACUUGAUGAAUAAUUUGGAUUUGAAACAAGCUGUUUUGGAUUUAUCCGAGUUAGUCGAGUCAUUAAGAAAGGAAAAUUAUACGUGGGAUUUGAACUACUUUAACGGUGAUAAUACCGUAUUAGGUGCACUUAGUCUUGCCCUUGCUGCAAAUUUAUCUACAACACGAACACCGCUGAGUGCUGUUGUCACAUGUUAUGGUGUUCCGCCACGGACUCUGUGUGACAUGUCCACGAUUGCUGUGAACACACCUGUACAGGGACAUUUUGGAAAUGAGGAUAAAACGACCGGAUUCACAAAUUCAUUAGAACGUCAACUUAGAGAAGGCAUCGAACUACACACCACCAAAGGCAUCGGUCAACCUAUCGAGAUUUAUCGAUACGACGGAGAAGGACACGCGUUCCUAAACAAUGAACCAUGGGCCAAAGAACGACGAAAGGAAUUAGGAUUUGUGGGUGGCGAGAAUAAGGAGGUACAAGAUUUGGCAUGGAGUCGAAUUUUCUCACUCUUUAAUCGUUAUUUGGCGUAG